GUCCACAAAACUAGGCCGUGAUGACAAAACCAGUAUCUAAUUACGUCAUCCAAACCUUGUGUGACGACCACGGCAGUUCGGACUUUAGAGUCCUGACACGGAAAUUGGAGCAGAGGUUCGGGGUUGCGGCGUCUGUACUCCACCGCGUACUUUCGGAUGAGGCCAGAAUAGCGGUGAAGAAAGGCGUCCUGGCCGUAGGUCCGGGUCAAAUACUCAGCCAGGACAGUGUGGUCGUGGCCAAAACGACUCUACGGAUCUGCCAGAGGAGACCCGGCCAGUGUAUUCAGUGUGACAGUUUGCACCUUUGCAAGUUUUAUGUAUUGGGGACCUGUUUGUUUGGAUCUAAGUGUAAGCAUCCACACAUGUUGACUUGCUCACACAAUGCAGAGCUGCUGACGAAACUUGACCUCCAACACCUUUCAGAGAAACAGCUGUUCCAACUCUUACUACAGAAUGACCCCUACCUCCUCCCUGAGAUAUGCUCACACUACAAUACGGGCGAGGGUGAGAGCGGCUUGUGCGCCUUCACCUCUCAGUGCCGCAAUCUUCACGUCUGCAAGCCCCAUGUCACCACAGGAGUCUGUAAACAAGGCGCAUCGUGUCCCAGGAUCCAUAAUAUCGACUCAAAGGUGCACAAGAGUUUUGAAAAUCUCAGUCAAGAGAUGAUUAAGACUCUUCCAAAAGUCUACAGAAAUAAAUGCAUCAUCGCAGAUCAGCUGAAGGGGCCGGCCACUGCUGCGCCUGAGGCAAGAUGUCCCGCCGGCUCAAAGGGUGCAACUAAACCAGUGAGAGAUUCUGACAAGGAGGAAAUCUGCAUCUUCUUCAUCAGAAAGCUCUGCACUUAUAAAGAGAAAUGUUUCCAUGUCCACUGGCACUUACCUUAUAGAUGGCAGCUUCUGGACUGUGACGGUGUAACUUGGAAAGACUUAACCGACAUGGAGGAGAUUGAGAAAGCCUACUGUGACCCAGCAAGAGAUUCAAGUUCCAUCGACCAGGCGAGAUUGAGAAAUGCACACGUCACAGGCACCCCUGAGACUGUCAGAAUGCCAUUAGUUGACUUCAUUGGGAUGACUUGCAACGGCUCUCCUGUGCGUCGCUUGUCCACAGCCUCCUCUGUCACCAAGGCCUCUCACUUUAUUCUGACAACGCAGUGGCUCUGGUACUGGAAGGAUGACAUUGGCAAAUGGCAGGAGUUUGGAAAGAGUGAGAUUAACACACCAGCCUCUCUCACUUCCGAAACGCUGGAGAAGAUUUACCUGGAAGACCAAAAGACGCAAAUAACUUUCUCUGCAGGCAAAUAUAAAUAUGUGAUGCACUUCAGAGAUGAAGCAGGAGCUCGGCGGCUGUAUCAGAAAAAUUUAAUCCUUUCCACCAAGCGGGAGGUUCGAAGGAGGCCUCGCUUUGUUUCCUCCCAUCAUGGAGAGAUGUGUAAGAGAUCCAGGCCUUCCACAGAGGAAUGCCCUCCACAUUGGGACAAAAAUGCCCUUCCCGAAAUUGGAUUCAAGAUGGUGCCGCUUCCAAAAUCUACAGAGUACAACAGUAUUGAAUGUUUGUUCAAGAUGACAAUGCCAAAAAGUAGGAUCCAGAGUAUCAGGAGGAUCCAGAACCCUUCUCUGUGGACACAGUUUCAAUUACAGAGGGACCAGAUGAAGAAGAGAAAUGGAGGGAAGCCUGUCAGUGAGCAGUACUUGUUCCACGGGACGAGUGCAAACUUCAUUAAUGACAUCUGUGAGCAAAACUUUGAUUGGAGGAUUAGCGGCAUCCAUGGCACGGCCUUCGGCAAAGGAAGCUAUUUUGCCAAACACGCUUCUUACUCAAACCGAUAUAUCAAAGCCAGAGGCGUGAACAAGAGCAUGUUUGUGGCUCUAGUCCUGGUAGGAGACUACACCAAGGGAAGCUCCCAAUUUGCCCGCCCACCAGCCAAAGGAAACAGCACAAUUCUAUAUGAUAGCUGUGUUGAUGAUGUGAAAAACCCCAAUAUUUUUGUCAUUUUUGAAAAACAACAGAUUUAUCCAGAGUUCCUCAUUGACUACUCUGAGUAGCAAUAG